UGAAUUAAACUUGGACAAUUCAAAAUGGGCCACUACCGGUGGAAUAGAUCCACAGCAAUUUCUUCUUUAUGACAACAAAAAUAAUAAGAAUAGAAUUUUAGUUUUUGCUUCACAGUUAUGUUUAAAAUCUUUAUCAUCAUCAAAACAUAUAUUUAUGGAUGGCACUUUUGCAACCUGUCCACGAGGUUUCUUUCAAGUAUAUGUUAUUCAUGCUCAAAUAAGGGAAAAAAGUUUACCGAUGGUGUACGUAUUACUGCAAAAAAAAACAAAAGAAACCUAUAAAGAAAUGCUUUUGGUGUUAAAAAAAUAUUGUUCUUCGGUUAAAGUGAUUUCGAUUGAUUUCGAACAAGCUGUGAUAAAAGCAAUUCAAGAUGUAUUUGAAAAUGAAGUAGCAAUCCAAUUAUGCUAUUUUCACUUAAAUCAAUCAAUUUGGAGAAAAGUGCAAGAAUUAGGACUAGCCAUAAAAUAUAAAGAAAAUAAAAAAUUCAGACAAGCUGUAAAAUUAAUUAGUGCUCUGGCAUUCUUACCUGUGAAUAUGAUUAAAAAAGGAAUAUCUAUAUUGUAUGAUACAAUUAAUUACAAUGACGAUGUAGACGACAUAUUAACUUAUUUCGAUGCAACGUACGUUAAUGGAAGUUAUAAAGCAACGAAUACUGAAUUUGAAACCAUGUAUCUCAAACGACAGCCACCGAUUUUUCCACCACAUUUAUGGAGUGUAUAUAAUGCAUCAAAAAAAGGUGAUGCCCGCACUAAUAACAUAUCAGAAGCAUUCAACAAUAAAUUCCAAAAUAUCGUCAGGAUUAAACAUCCAAGUAUUUAUAUGUUUAUUGAAUGUAUACAAUUAGUUAAUUCUACAACGAUGAUAUCUUUGACAAAAAACGAUGAAAAUGUAUUUUUGAAUAUUUUUUUAAAUCCAUUAAGUGAUAGGAAAAAAAAAAUUAUAUCUAUUUGUAACAGUUUUAACAUCAACUUUUCUAAAGAUGAACUUUUGAAUUAUUUGUAUUCCUUAAGUCUUGCUGUAAAAUAUCGAUGAACGCUAUCAAGGCUUUAUUCUCACAAGGUAUUAUAUACAUUUUUAUUUUUUUA